ACACUCUUCCAGAAAGACUGCUACUUAAAGAAAACACCUCCUCUGUCCUAAGUGAGUGGCUUCAUAAACAGCAAGAAAUGGAUACUACAAAAUCACAUGGAUUCUCCCUAGCCAGCUUCCUUGUCCUCAUGUUCUUGGGAGAUCUCACAGAGGCCUGCAGCACAUGUCGGGAAAUAUCUCUCCGGGAUGCAUGUUGCACACAUGACUUCGUGAUGAGGGUCCAAUUUAUGAGUGUCAGGCGGGAUCCUGAGUUUCCUAUACAUCUAAAUAUGUUUAGUAUUCAGCCCAUCCAGGUAUUCAAAGGUCCAAUGUACUUAAGAAAUGCACGGGUUCUUUACAGCCCAGAAGAAGAGUAUUACUGUGGAUAUCAACACAGAGGCCCUCUCAGAGGAGAUGACUACUUAAUUUCAGGGUUGAUUGAUGACAUUGGUCCUCAAAUCAAUAAGUGCCACUUAGCAAAACCAUGGAAUGAAGUAAGUCUUAUAGACAAAAUGAACCUGAAUCGUGUCGCCGGUAAGGAUUGCAGCACCAUCUGUCCACGUGAUUAAAAUUCAUGGCCUUCGCUGUCAAUAUACUACUGCAUAGAGAAUGACAAAUAACCUGGAUGUACCUGAAUACUUGUUACAAGAAUGCAAAUGUUCAAAACAAGAUGAGCAGCAAAAAAAUCUAAUAAAUGAAAUGAAAUAAAAUAAAAUGAGAUUUAAGAGUGUCAUUUAUUUUUCAGAUGUGUAUGUUCUCCAUGUCAUUCCACCUUGCUAUGUACAAAAGGAAAAAAAAAAACAUAAAUA